AUGAGUUACGAUCCUAUACAUGAUACAUACACUGCGUCCACUUCUAGUCAGCAACAGCAACAGCAACAACAUCAACAAUCAUCUCCACCACCUUCGAAAUCAACACAUUUACAUGUAACAGGAUCUUCUCCACCUUCAAUAAAUCAACUCAUAAGUCCAAACAUUGAACCAUCACGCUCAGAUGUGAAUCAACAUCAGAAUCAAUUUGCUGACCAAGAACAAACUAUUCCUUCUUUGAUAUUACCACAACCAGAUGAACCCAAAUCGACUGUUAAUACACUGGGCGGUGGAGCAUUGUCAAUUUCUAACCUUGUUUCGUCAUCUGCCAACGAAGCCCCAUCACUGUCAGCAAUACCGCCAAUUACAUCUACACAUACUUCACUGCAAAAAAUGAAUUCUAUUUCCAGUUUAAUCAACUCGCCACCAGAUCACAAUGAUGACACUGGAGAUGAUGAUUAUGACGAAACAGAUGUUAAUUCAUCAGUUGUAGGAGAUGAUGAAGACUAUGUUGCAACUCCACCACCACAACAACAACAUUCAUCAACCACAACACCUGGCAAAUCACACAAAUCCUCCCCGAGUAAAAAGAAAAAGAAAAAUAAUAUAGCCAAUGCUAAAUUAUCUUUGAAAAGAGCCGAUGGUGAAGCAUUUUGGCGUAGAGAUAUACAAUAUGAUUUUUUGAAAGAAUUAUUCGAUGAUAAAACUGCUUGUUUUACUAAUACUUUCUCGGAAUCAAACAUUGCCAAUUGUAACAAUAAUCUGAAAAUUACCUUUGGUGAAUUAUACAUCCGUACUUUAGCAGAAUCAAAUAAAUCAUCUCGAGUAUUGAAAGAAAAAUUAAUUAGAGACGUUGAAUUGGGCAAAGCGGUGGCGAAAGUUUGUAUUUUAGUCAAUGUGGGAAGAAUGAAUACGACAAUUAAUUUUGUUCCGGAAAUGAAAUCGACUUUGAGAACAUAUCAUUCUAUUCCUUCAUUACAAACUUGUCGUGAAGGUGGUACUGUUAAACAAUUACAAGAUACUCCACGAUUGAAAUCCAUUUUGAAAGCAGUAUGUGAAGGGGAAGAAAAUAAUUUAAAUUUUCUUGAUGAUAUGAUAAAAAAUCCACCAAACAAGAAACCCAAUACCAAUGUUAUACAAUUAUUGUUUUUAUUAAGUAAUGCCGUUCAUGGAGUACCAUUUUUAACUGAUCAAAAAAAUAGUUAUUUAUUGGAUUUCUUUGUCAACACCAAAAUACAUCCAGCAAAUCGAGCUAAACGAUUGCUUUGGUUAUUAUAUACACUUUUAGAAACAAAUUUUACUGAAACCGAUUUGCAUAAUAAUCCAUUUGGGGCUGAUUCCAUUCCAUCGAUUCAAUGGUUGGAUGAUUCGGAAAUGAAAAAAUUUGACAUUGAUCCUGAUUAUGAAAGAUAUUAUGCUGAAGAAAUGUUUAAAGCCAGAAUGCAAUAUUUGGCAAAUCCUGAUGAUGAGCAGUACAAGGAACAUUCUAGAAGAUCCCAUGGGUAUGGUCAUUUGAAGAAAAGAGAUGCCGAAGAUCAUGAUGAUACAAGUGGAGGAGAAGAGGUUGAUGAUAGAAAGAAAAAAUCUGUUCCUUUAAAGAAAAAAUUGAAACGUAAUAAUCCUAAUAAACCUUCACCAUUGUCAAAGAAUGUUAUAACAUUUCAUGAUAAACGUAAUCGUGAUAUCAAAAGUGGCGACAUUUUAAAUUUUGAUCUGGAAGAUAGUAUUCAUUUCCCGGUAAAAGAUUUGAAAGAAUUGGCAUCAAGAUAUAAAAGUUCUGAUAUUAUGAAUCAAUCACCCGAUGAGCUUGAAUCAGUUAGACAUCGUCGUGACAUAGUGGAGUUGUCUAAGCCAAUGGUUCAAGAAGUUCGUACUUCUUCAAAAGCCAGUACUGCUUCAUUCAACAAGAAAAUCACCAUUUUGGGGAACUGGUUAUAUCGAUAUUUCAAAUAUAAAAAAUCCAUUGGAAAUCGAUUAGUAGGUAUAGAAUGGGAAGAUAUUAGAUAUGAUUUGGUUCAUGGUGUAGAGAGUUAUUUAUAUGAAAAAUUUGGCAAAUCAUUGAUUUUGGAUAAGAUGUUGUCUACACAUUAUACUGGAGCUGAAGGAACCAAUGGUUCUGAUAAGAAUGGAGUGGUUGCGAAUGGAGGAAAUACUACUGGUAGAUUUGAAGAAGAAGAAAAUGAAGUUUAUUUCGAUUAUGUACCACUGAGAGAUUAUGACAAGGCCAACGAGAAACAAAGUUUUAUUCUACAUUUGAUUAGCUUUGUCAAUGAUUGGUUUAUAUUAAGAUUAAGAAAGAAUGCUUCUUUAACUCAAGUUAACAGAAUACUGAUUGAUCUUGAUAAUGAGACUGUUCAUAUGUAA